AUGAAUCGGAGGCGAUUUCCCAUACGACCGCUCGAAAAAGAUCACGAUAACUUUGAACUCGAGACACAUAAAGAAAUGAUAAUUGGUGAAUCGGCUGAGAACAAGAUUAUUGGCCAAAUGAAUUACAUUCGUAUGUUUCUUGCCGGGAAACUUGUGUUUCCACCGGAUACAAAGGAAUAUUUGUUUGAGUUCAAGGAUUUAGAAGAACUGGGUUCAUUAGGUAACGGAAGUUUCGGUACCGUUAAAAAGAUGCGACAUAUUGUAACAGGAACCGAAAUGGCUGUCAAGCGAGUUCGAAUAGUCAGCUCCGGAGUAGAUGAUGUUGCUAGCUGCCGAUCCAUGAAGCGACUCCAACAAGAAGUGGACGCAAUAAAAUCUGCCAGUAAUUGCAAGCAGAUCGUUCAAUUUUAUGGAAUAACGUUUCAUGAGGGCGAUGGUCUAGUAUGUAUGGAACUUAUGGAUAUAUCCUUAGAGAGGUUGUACACUGCCGUUCAUGACUUAGGUUAUGCUGCCUUUGAUGAGAAUACUCUUGGUAGCGUUGCUAUAAAUGUCAUUAUUGCCUUAAAUCAUAUGAAAAGUCAGUAUCAUAUUAUUCACCGAGAUGUGAAGCCUUCUAAUAUUUUGCUCAACCGAAAAGGCGAAGUGAAACUUUGCGACUUUGGGAUUUGUGGAUAUCUUCAAGAUUCCGUUGCUCAAACACAAGAUGCUGGAUGUCGGCCGUAUAUGGCGCCUGAGCGACUAAUUGCGUUUUCGAAAGGUUACGAUAUUAGAUCAGAUGUUUGGUCCCUUGGAAUAUCAAUGGUAGAAGUGGCAAAUUUUGCGUUUCCAUAUCCAGGAUUUACCUCAGCACCACUAUUCGCCCAGUUGGAUCUUGUUGUACACGGUGAUGCACCGAUGGUUAAUAAUCCACUCUAUUCUACUCGAACAAAGAAUUUUAUUCAUUACUGUCUAACGAAAGAUCUAAAACAUCGGCCAACAUUUGCCGAUUUGGCGAACACUCCAUUCUACCAGUACUAUAAUUCAAUGGAAGAUUUAAGUGAAUUAGUCGGAGCAGCAACCCAACAUUUUAUGCUGGAUUUCUGUCUUCGGGCGUAUAGAGCUUCGGUCCCAGAAGACUGGCGGUCAAUUUUUCCGAGGAAACUGAUGGUCAGUUUUCCCCGGACAGAAGCUCUAUACGGAGGAGUGGUCAGUUUUCCCCGGACAGAAGCUCCAUACGGGGGGUGGUCAGUUUCCUCCGGACAGAAGCUCCAUACGGAGGGGUGGUCAGUUUUCCCCGGACAGAAGCUCUAUACGGAGGAGUGGUCAGUUUUCCCCGGACAGAAGCUCUAUACGGAGGAAUGGUCAGUUUUCCCCGGACAGAAGCUCCAUACGGAGGGGUGGUCUGUUUCCCCCGGACAGAAGCUCUAUACGGAGGAGUGGUCAGUUUUCCCCGGACAGAAGCUCUAUACGGAGGAGUGGUCAGUUUUCCCCGGACAGAAGCUCCAUACGGGAGGUGGUCAGUUUCCUCCGGACAGAAGCUCCAUACGGGGGGUGGUCAGUUUUCCCCGGACAGAAGCUCUAUACGGAGGGGUGGUCAGUUUCCCCCGGACAGAAGCUCCAUACGGGGGGUGGUCAGUUUCCUCCGGACAGAAGCUCUAUACGGAGGAGUGGUCAGUUUUCCCCGGACAGAAGCUCCAUACGGAGGGGUGGUCUGUUUCCCCCGGACAGAAGCUCUAUACGGAGGAAUGGUCAGUUUUCCCCGGACAGAAGCUCUAUACGGAGGAGUGGUCAGUUUUCCCCGGACAGAAGCUCUAUACGGAGGAGUGGUCAGUUUUCCCCGGACAGAAGCUCCAUACGGAGGGGUGGUCAGUUUCCCCCGGACAGAAGCUCUAUACGGAGGAGUGGUCAGUUUUCCCCGGACAGAAGCUCUAUACGGAGGAGUGGUCAGUUUUCCCCGGACAGAAGCUCUAUACGGAGGAAUGGUCAGUUUUCCCCGGACAGAAGCUCCAUACGGAGGGGUGGUCUGUUUCCCCCGGACAGAAGCUCCAUACGGAGGAGUGCGCAGAUGUAGCGCAGUCGGUAAGCGAUUCCGCUGUAACUGGACGAUCGAUCGUUGGUUUGAAACCGCCUCAGUGCCAACCAAAUCAUCGGACCGUCGCGGCACCAACCGUCAAAAGAGUUUCGGAACCAGAACUUCUCAAAGCGGUAAUCUUGAACCUAGGUGGAGGGUGGAGUCGGUCGGCAAGUGUAGGUGAACGGAAGCGGAAGCCUGCCGAAGCGAACCCAAAUGAAAUGUGA